AUGUCACAAUCCGAAGUUUUGGAUGUAUUUGUUGGCAAUGAGGAAAUAAGCGGGACCAUCUUGGAAAAGUUUAGAGAUCAAAGUCCAGAUAAAGUGAGAGUAGCAUUUGUAACGAUGAUCAAUUCAUUCACAAAGAUGAUAACGAUACGAGUGAACAAUGAACGAUCCUACUCUAUAUAUGCAGGUUACAAUGAGGGUCUACUGCGAGUAGGUGGACUAUCAUAUAGUUUUGUUCAGUUCCCCAUUGAUCCAGACCAACCAAAUAUCCUAUUCUCCUUCUGGAAGUCUAAAGAACUUCAACUGUUAGAACGUAUAACAGAUAGGAACUAUUCAGUCAAUACACUCAAAGGAAACACAGUGGUCAUAUCAUGGCCUAAUAAGAAUAACAAUCAAUACUUCUUGGAUCGAAACAAUAGAGAGACUCCUGAUACCUUGGGUAUUAAUAAUCCAUUCAAU